GAGGCGGAGGAAACAGUUUUCUCGUUUAUCGGAAAGCGUAAGGAUAGUUGAUCAUGCCUGAUCCAGCCAAGUCCGCUCCAGCCGCGAAGAAAGGCUCCAAGAAAGCGGUGACCAAGACCCAGAAGAAAGAUGGGAAGAAGCGCAGGAAGACAAGGAAGGAGAGUUACGCCAUUUACGUGUACAAGGUGCUGAAGCAGGUGCACCCCGAUACCGGCAUCUCCUCCAAGGCCAUGAGCAUCAUGAACUCCUUUGUCAACGAUGUGUUUGAGCGCAUCGCAGGGGAAGCCUCCCGCCUGGCUCAUUACAACAAGCGCUCCACCAUCACCUCCCGGGAGAUCCAGACCGCGGUCCGCCUGCUGCUGCCUGGGGAGCUGGCCAAGCACGCCGUGUCCGAGGGCACCAAGGCUGUCACCAAGUACACCAGCGCCAAGUAACUGCUGCCCCAUCUCCUGCCCUACUCCCAGCAACACAAAGGCUCUUCUAAGAGCCACCCACCCCCUCCCUAUAAGAUCUGUAACUGGCUCUGUGGGACUUGCCUGAUCCCUUAGGGAAUCCAAUGUAACUGGGAGUAAAGGAACCUUUUCCCCAAA